AUGGCACUGCAGGUGAUUGCCUGGGAAACUCGAGGGAAAGCGCCGCUGGGCGCCGAAAUCACAGCAGCUUUGCAUGAGCUGCGCAUGCGAGACCAGGGUAUUUCUAACGCAUCAAAGCAGCAGGCUGCAGAGCCAGAGUCCCUGCUGAGGCUCCAGUAUGCCAUGCUCAUCAUCCGCCUGGUCAAUGGCAUUUCGGACUCAUCUCAGAAGGGCCGAAUUGCCAUGUCUGUCUCAAAUCUAGCAGAAGAUGCUGGCAUACCGCGUAUCCUUGUGGAUGUGCGACAUGAUGCCUCUCACAAUGAGCUGCCCAGCCUGGCGCUGCUGCGGCUGGCAUCAUCAGCAGCCCUGUCCUGGCUCUCCUCAGCCUACUGGCAGCGGCAGGCUGAUCACCUGGAAAGCUGCAGAGCGCACAUCAGAUCCCUGCUUCAGAGGUACACGGAGCUGCAACAAGCGGCGAUCCUCAAGCAGGCCAUCACGGGGAAGUCAGAGGACGAAGAUUCAGCGGUAGUGAAUGCAGCUGAUGCGCAGGGUGACAGCAUGGCCUACAGUGGGGCCGUUGGCCAAAAGCAGCGGCGCGAAGUGAUAACAGAACUUUGGGAUCGGGUGCAUUCGGCUGCCCACCUCUUGGUUGGGCCCCUGCUGGACGACGGUCUGCUGGAAGCACAGCAGGAUGCCAGCGCCGUCUCAGCUGAGGCUGGCAACAGCAAGCUGACUCCUCAGGAGGUGGCUGCGGCUGUCUGGGAGGCCGUUGUGCAGGGGCUGUCCAGCACCUGGCCCCAGCUCAGGCAGCUGCUCCUUGCUGCUGCAGUGCAGCGCCUCUGCACACCACCAUCCCAAUCGGGUGCCAGCCCUGACAGCACCCUGCCAGACAGCAAUCAGAUUGCGGCAAACACAGAUACUUCUGCAGCGACGGGCCGAACAGAUACACUGGCACAGUGGGCCGGCUGGCUGCUGAGCGUUGCAAAGGAGGCCGGCCAGAAAAAAGGCAAGCAGCAGAAGGUGGGCGCCAAGCGCAAGAGCAGCCAGCCUCACAGCGAUGUUGGUGUCCAGAGGGAGCAGUGGAGGCCCAGCAGUGCUCAGCUCAGCAGCUUGCUGGCCGACUGCCUGCAUGCACUUGCGCAAACUCCAAGCAUGCAUGGAUAUCCACUUGUGCACAGCGGGGAAGCUGCACUGAGGAGAGUGGCAGGGAUGCUACUGGAGCGGAUAAAGUCUUCACAGGAGGGCAGUGCUGCGCAGACAAAGCAAUUGCAGCAGCUUGUGGAGCUCUCUCAAGUGGGCGCAGGAGGGGCAUAUGUAGGUGGCAGCUCAGGGGCGCAAAAAAUCUCAGAGGCGCUUGCUGCAGCUGCAGCAGCGCGGGAUGAGCUCAUGCAGAGGUCAAGAGGAGCUGCUUUUACUGCGGAAACAGCCUCUGCCAAGAAGGCCCGGUGGUCUUUGGCAGAGGAUUGGUCACCCUGUGCGCUGGGAAUGCUGCCAUCUCCACACCACCCAUGUGGGCGCAUGCCCACCCUCAACAGCGCUCCAUCCCGCAGCGCAAGUUUGCCCAUUGUGGAAGCAGCUUCAAUUGCCACUGUGGGAUCACCAGAGGAACAUGCUGCAGAUGCAUUGCCUGAACUUGGCAUAGUAGAGAAUGCGACAGACAUAUCUCCCCCACAGGAGGUCGACCAAGGCAGGAUGCCAGUUGAAGACUUGGAUAUCCAAGACUACUUCAGCAAGUUUGAGGUGCAGCCCAGCCACGGUGCUGAAGAGAUUGCAGCUGAAGCGGAGACUGGACUGACAGUGGGUCAGAUCCAGAGCAUUGCUGCCGCAAUCAAGGUGCUUUGA